AUGAGUUCUUCUGGGACACAGCGUAAGUUUGCCGGAUUUCAAAAAUUACCUAAAUCUUUUUCAGGCUUUUCUCCAAUUAACAAAAAUGAUAAUACUAUCGACAAUCUUCUCAAACCUUAUAUGAAAAAGAAGAGAACGCCUAAACCGGUAAGUGCUUCUGAACACUAAUAAAAAUAAUUGAAGUUCAAAAAAUGUCAAUGGAAGUCCAUGGAAGCCGAAUUUCAGAUAAUAAACGACACUCCGCGAAAGCAGAGAAAUCGCGAAGCUGCCCGGAAAUAUCGCAAUAAGAAGGACAACUUGAUCUUUCAACUACGAGAGGUUGAGAAAGAUUUACAAGAUCUAUUUCAGAAUAAAAGAACUUCAGCAAAAUGAAACGUUGCUGGCCUUGCUCAAACAGAAAGAGGACGAAAUUCAACUACUACGAGAAGCAGUUAGUUCUGAAUUAAUAAAAAUACUUAUGGAUUCCAGAAUGGUCCCUAUAGGGGGUUAGGGGAAAAAAAUAACCCCUAUGGAAGCCGAGAAAGUGCUCCCUAUAGGGACCGGAAAAGUGGUCCCUAGAGGGGACCCUCCAAGGACAAUUAAGGUUGUCCCUAUAGGGACCCCUCUGGAGUUUCUAAGUAGUCUAAUCACAAACCCGUCAAUUUGUUAAAGCGUUCCUGAAAUGUUUCCCAAAAAUUUUCCGGUUCACUUAAAAUAUACCUAAACCAUUUCAGAAGGAAUUCCAGUGGUGUCAAUGCCUAAUGACUCAAUCUCGAAUGGCUCAAAUGUCAGGAAACAACGCAACUGAUCCCAUCGCCGACCUUCCCCUGGAAUUUUUCGGAAUGCAGCCGUCAGAAGAAGCUAACCCCUUGGAGCAACAUUAUUGA